ACGGAAGCCUGUUGUGUCCAGAUAAGCGCUGCGGCAGUCGCGUUCGCAGUGCGGAGCGGACAGGACGCACCAUGGCACCGCUUGGACUGAAAGCUAUUGUUGGAGAAAAGAUAAUGAACAACGUGAUUAAGAAGGCAAGAGAAAAAGGAAAAUGGAAGGCCCUGGUGGUGGACAAGCUGAGCAUGAGGAUGGUUUCAUCCUGCUGUAAGAUGACAGACAUCAUGUCAGAGGGAAUCACCAUUGUAGAAGACAUAAACAAGCGGCGGGAGCCUCUGCCCAGCAUGGAGGCCAUCUACUUAAUCACACCAUCAGAUGAGUCUGUUGAGGGUCUGAUUGAAGACUUCAGAGACCCUCAGUCUCCGAGGUACCGAGCAGCUCAUGUCUUCUUCACUGACACGAUCCCAGACUCACUGUUUGGACUGCUGACCAAAUCCCGCGCCUCCAAAGCCAUGAAGGCCUUGACUGAGAUCCACAUAGCCUUCCUGCCCUAUGAGUCUCAGGUCUUCUCCCUAGAUAAAGUGGAUGCCUUCCAGGACUUCUACAGCCCCUUCAAAGCUGAUGUGAAGAAUAACAUGUUGGAGCGUUGUGCUGAACAGAUAGCCACCCUGUGUGCAACGCUCAAAGAGUAUCCUGGAGUCCGUUACAGAGGGGAGUACAAAGACUGUGCAGUUCUUGCCCAGAUGCUUCAGGAGAAACUAGACGGAUACAAGGCUGAUGACCCCACUAUGGGAGAGGGACCAGACAAGUGUCGCACUCAGCUGGUGAUUCUGGAUCGUGGCUUUGACCCUGUGUCCCCUCUCUUGCAUGAGCUCACACUGCAGGCCAUGGCCUACGACUUGCUGGGCAUUGAAAAUGACGUCUACAGUUAUGAGACCAGUGGGAUGGGAGAAACCCGAAUGAAGGAGGUGGUUCUGGAUGAGGAUGAUGACCUGUGGCUGACUCUGAGACACAAACACAUAGCUGAGGUGUCAACGGCUGUAACUCGCUCUCUGAAAGAAUUCUCUGCCAGCAAGAAGAUGAACACAGGAGAAAAGACCACCAUGAAGGAGCUGUCUCAGAUGCUAAAGAAGAUGCCUCAGUAUCAGAAAGAGCUCAGCAAGUAUUCAACCCAUCUUCAUCUUGCAGAGGACUGUAUGAACCGCUACCAGGGUACAGUGGACAAACUCUGUCGUGUAGAGCAGGAUUUGGCAAUGGGCACAGAUGCAGAGGGUGAGAAGAUCAAGGAUCCCAUGAGGCUCAUUGUUCCCAUCCUCCUGGAUGCCAACGUCAACGUAUCUGACAAGAUACGCAUCAUCCUGCUCUACAUCUUCAUGAAGAAUGGUGUGACUGAGGAGAACCUGUGUAAGCUCCUGCAGCAUGCUAACAUCCCACCUGAGGACAGUGACAUUAUUUCCAACAUGGCCCACCUGGGCGUUCCCAUUGUCUCUGAGGGAACCACGAAAAAGCCCAAGAAACCUGAUCGCAAGGAACGGGUCAGUGAGCAAACAUACCAGCUCUCCAGAUGGACACCACUCAUCAAAGAUCUUAUUGAGGAUGCAAUCGAGGACAAACUUGACCCAAAACAGUACCCAUACAUCUCUCAGCGACAAGUUUCUGCCAAGGCCAGUGCUCCGUCAAGUGCUCGCUAUGGUAACUGGCACAAAAACCGAGGCCCCACAGAGAUGAAGACCGGUCCCAGGAUCAUAGUCUUCAUAAUUGGAGGCAUGGCAUACAGUGAAAUGCGCUGUGUGUAUGAGGUCACACAGGCCAAUGGCAAAUGGGAGGCUCUGAUUGGUUCCACCCACAUCCUCACACCCCCUAGAUACCUAAAGGAUCUGCAGCACCCAGACUUCCUGGAUCCCAACGCCCUACCAGAGGGCGUAGAGGAAUCACCGGCACAAUAAAAACACAUUCUCAAAUCAACAGAAAUCCUCACCCCGUCUUGCCUUCUUAAAACCCUGAAAGAUUUGGAGAAGGGAGAGCAGCCCAGUUAACGUGUUCCUUCAUCAGCCCCCAUAAGUCAAAGCUUUGUGCGCCAGUGUUAACCCAGCCUAAACGUAGCACUUCAUGUUGUAUACUGUUGAGCCACUGUAACGUGAUGCUGUUGUUUAAAUGAUAGGUUUGUUGGAUUUGCUGUGCUGAAUUUUGCUGCAGUUUAUUUGUGGCAUAUAGGGAAUUUAUGAUGAUUGAAUAAACUUGUGAUUUAGUUUAGAUAAGAUGGCAUGCAGAGAAUAAUAUUUAUUCUGAGAUUCAUUUGUAACAAAACAGUUGUGUGUUUCUUAGAAGCAAAUAUGCUAUAAAUAUGCAGAAUUAUGAUAUUUCAUGUUCGAUGAUGUGUUGGACCACGAGUGACAACAGAAAGCCAUGCUAAUAAUGGUUCAGUUCUAGUGCCACCAUUUACUUUGCAUUUUCUUCUUAGUCAGUGGUGUUUGUAGGUGUUUAGUUACCUUUUAGCUCCAAGUGUUUGCUCCUAAUGCUGCUGUUGGGUUUUAUUAUAUUGUAACAUUUUAUUUCAAAUCUAUUAUCAGAGAAGACUGGUUUCCUGACAAACACUAAACAAUGUUGCUGUUAUUGUUUUGACAUCUACAGUUGUGAAGGAACUAAUAAAUUUGUUUCAGUUAAAAUCUA